GCUGAAGGGCAAGGCGCACGCAAAGCGGCACAUCUUUGCCAAACAAUCAGGGCUGGUGGAUAUCGAAUGCGUCCUCUUCUCCACAGAUUUCUUUAAAAAGAAAUCCCUUCAAGCAUUUCGUGUUGUUCUCGUUUGAAAGGAUGGCGGAAAGCGAGGUGGACACGCCGAGCACCCCGAUUGAAUACGAGAGCAAAUACUUCGAGUAUCAUGGAGUUCGACUCCCUCCUUUCUGCAGGGGCAAGAUGGACGAGAUCGCCAACUUUUCGUUAAGAAGUAGCGACAUAUGGAUCAUUACAUACCCCAAAUCAGGUACGAGUUUGUUACAGGAGGUGGUGUAUCUUGUGAGUCAGGGUGUGGACCCAGAUGAGAUCGGGCUCAUGAAUAUUGAUGAGCAGCUUCCUGUGUUGGAAUAUCCACAGCCGGGAUUGGAGAUUAUCCAGGAGCUGACAUCACCUCGUCUGAUCAAAAGCCACCUGCCGUAUCGUUUCAUGCCUACAGCGAUGCACAAUGGAGAAGGCAAGGUGAUCUAUAUGGCCAGGAACCCUAAAGACCUGGUUGUGUCCUACUACCAGUUUCAUCGCUCUUUACGAACCAUGAGCUACCGGGGUACAUUCCAGGAGUUCUGCAGGCGAUUCAUGAACGAUAAGUUGGGAUAUGGCUCCUGGUUUGAGCAUGUUCAGGAGUUCUGGGAGCAUCGCAUGGACUCGAAUGUUCUCUUCUUGAAGUAUGAGGAUAUGUACAAGGAUCUGGGAACCCUGGUGGAGCAGCUGGCUCGCUUUCUUGGCAUCACGUGUGAUAAAGUCCAGCUGGAGAGCAUGGUGGAGAGCUGUAACCAACUCAUCGACCAGUGCUGCAACUCCGAGGCCUUGUCCAUCUGCCGGGGUCGUGUUGGACUUUGGAAGGACAUUUUCACUGUGUCCAUGAAUGAAAAGUUUGAUGCAGUUUACCGACAGAAGAUGGCAAAGUCUGACCUGACCUUUGACUUUAUCCUGUGAGGGAGUGACACUGGACUAUCCAGCCAAUUUACCUGCAGUGCUAGAUGUCACCUGAUGGACAUUCCCCAUCCAGAUUUGAUCUUUCCAUCGCUAAUAUCUCUUGCUCAUCAAUGCUUUCUGUAGUUCCUCAAAAGCUACUUCUUAGUCAGUAAUAGAGGCCUUUUUUUCUCAUGUGUAUUUGUAUAAACAGUGCAUCAGCAGUGCUGGUCCAAAGUGUAAGCACAGUGCUUGUUGCGUUUGCACAUUGUACAGAGCUACUCCAUAUCCCAAAGGCGCUUAUGAAAAGUGUAUUUAUUAAAAAUCAGAAAUGAAAAAUAAUUUAGACUAUAUUCCAUAUGCUAAUGCGCUUACGACAAACUCUCAGAGAAAGUCGUUGUCGUUUCUCAGGAGGAUUCUUCAUAUCAUUGGCUAAUACAUGCACCACAUAUGCAGUCAUCCAAUCACAGUUCAGGUUGUGAAAACCCGAUCCUCACGAUGAAUGCUAAUUGGCUCCUGGCCAAAAGAAGUGUGUGGAAUGUAAUUUCGCUUCUCCUAGUGGCUUCUAGACGCUUUGACCUAUAUUCCAGUAUAGCUAUUCAUUAAUACGUAGAUAUUUCACAUUUUUAGUUACAUUUACUCACAUGUGCAUCUAUAAUUUUUGAGUGUCUACAUAUUUGAAUAAGUAAGAAACAUCAGUGCAGGAUCAGUCACAUGAGCAUACACAAUCUCUGUGUAAAGGAAUAUGAAAGAAAACAUUUUAUUUAAUUUAGAUGCACAUCAUUAUAUAUUGCAUGAGAAGUGUUAAUACCAGAUAUGAGUUUGUAUUUCGUCAUUAUGUCUUGGUAAAAAGAAUAAAAGAUGCUUAAGG